GUCGUUACAGGACAGACGCACUUAGAGCGUCGUUGAAGAUGACAAAUAUCGUGCCGGAGCAAGUGAAGCCAGACAAUGCAAGAGAUCAUGAAGAAGAGGAGUUACAAAUUUUGCGAGAGAAGGCGGUAAAAGCGCUGCAAUCUGUGCCGUGUUAUUUUUCGAGACUUCCAGUGGAGUUACAGAAGGAGAUGUUCUCUGUCGUCAUCGACUGCAGCAACGCAAAGACACUUGCACUAACUCACGUUUGUCGGUCAUGGCGAGACCUUAUCGUUGGCACUUCUCGCUUUUGGCAAAACCUGACAAUCACUCCAAGAACGGAAUUAAAGAAGGCGGAUACUUGGUUGGGACGCUCAAAGGGCACUUUGACGGACCUCCACAUUGUUGGAGUGUUGUCUCGCGGUUACCAAUCGCGUUUUUUCAGGAAUGCGGCUUCCACUAUUUGGUCAAGCCUUGAUACGCUGGCGAUUACUACCCCGAGCGAAGAUAUAUUUUCGGCCCUCCCUUUGACAGCGGCCAAUAAGCUACGCUUACGAAAACUUGAGGUUUAUUCGGAAAAGUUAAGCAUCGAAUCCCUGAAAGCUCUCACAAAGAUGGAUAGCUCACGAAUACGUCACUUUACUCUGAAAACUACGUGCGAAGUGAUACAAAUAACGGGCUUCACCUUCACCUCUUUGACAACACUCAUAUUAUCUGCAUCUCAUUCAGAUGGAGGUCUUUUCCUACUUCUGAAGCAGAACCCUAUGCUCGAGAAUUUGAUUCUUGAGUCACCCUCUACGGCCGCCCCUUAUCACAGCGAGGGUGUCGAGGACCUUGAAUUAGGCAACCUCAUACGGCUGGAGUUGGUAAAAUCAGUUCAUACGCAUAUUUGUCUCAAACGGAUCCGCUUUCCGAACCUGAAAACACUUGUCGUGACAAACUAUAUCGGUGUUGGCACUCCCGUGUUGAUAGACGAACAAGAGCUGACACAUCUCGAGCAUCUGACCCUUUCGACGUUCAUCCACUACCACACGCCCUCGCUAAUAUCCAUUCUCCAACGAGCGACCGCUCUGAAGACUCUGGAGAUCCCGCGAUGCUUCUUCCAAUAUGGGGGAGAAAAUACGGUGGUUGAAGCCCUUGCGGAAGGAUCGAUGUGCCCGAAAUUGCAGCACCUUGAUUUAUCUGGGUAUCGCACUCUGAAAGCAGGCCCUGUAAUUCGACUCGUAGAAGCACAUCUUUCCCGUGCUGCAAACGUAACGUCAUCGGAUGGACAUGUCGACCAGCCACUACCUAUACUUUCUUUGAGCCUUGAUGACUGUCCGAUGAUCAGUUCGAACCAGUUGGCACGACUCCGAGGUAUGGUACCGCAUGUCAGCUGGAGGAUGCCCAAGCUAGGAGUGCGAGUUUAGCAGGUUAGUCACUAUACCCGUGUAUGAUAUGUCAUACCUUCUGUUGGAUAUACGCCCACCGGUUUAGCCUAAACACACGAAUGAAUUUGUAGAAAAGUUGUAGUGCUGGGGGUAACUCAUUUCCAGCCAGCAGAGAUUAAUGUAGGAUCCUGGAUAACACGUGGCAAAGUUCAGCUUCCGCUUUCUGGUGGCCUUAUCAUCUCUUCUCAUAUUUCCGGAUAUAAUGAAAUUGAUUCCAUUGUACUGUAUAUUCUU